UCAAGUGAUGUCUGAAAACACCGACGAAGACUUCAAGGUCGGAGACAAAGCCUGGAUCAAACUUCCAGGUUACCCACAUUGGCCAGGACGCAUAGAGGAACCUAAAAAUAUCCGCGAACGAAAAAAAGUGCGUCCAGGUUUCUUCCUGGUGUUUUUCUUUGGGACGCAUGAAACAGCCAUUUGCGCAGUGCACGAAUUAUAUCAAUGGAAUGAAGAGAAUAACAAGAAGUUUUUCGUCGAACGAGACACAGUUUACUUUACUGACAGUCUUUGGGAGGUCGAAAAUGAUCCUAACGUUAAGCGAGACGCACCAGUGCCGGCUAUAACCAAACCACCUGACUUGGAAAAUGUGAGCAAAUAUAAUCCGAUCGUACCCGCGACAUUCUCCGACGGCGAGGGUCCCGCCGAGGACCAAGUUCCAGAAGACGCAAAAGAUAGUUCGGACCCCGAGAAAAGUGGGUCGUCGAGUAGUGACCCCGACGCAUCAUCCAGUUCCAGCAGUAGUUCUAGCUCAGAUUCCGACUUCGAAAAAAGAAGGAAAACGAAAAAGAAAACGUUAACUAAGAAAAAAGCGCGCGCAAAAACGAGCGGGAAGAAAGUAAAAGUUGGAGUAACGAAAAAGCCUCAAGUAAAAUCGUCGUCAUCUAGCAAAUCAAAGUCGGCUCAGAACCAGAAAAAGACUCCCGGUGACUCUUCGUCAAGUUCAGACAGUACAGUUGAUGACGUAGACGUCUCGUCUUCGAGUGACGAGGAGUCGAUUGCCAAGUUCAAGAAGCUCACCUCAACUGCUAAACCACCCGCACCUCGAACUUCGGCAGCCAUCAUACCAAAGCCAUUAUCUGCUAAGAAGCCCGAUAAGCCGAAAAGUCCGACUAAACCUAAAACGGAAAUUAAGAAAGAGGGAGGGUCUAGCGACGAAGAAGCAGCACUUAAAAAAUUCGCAGCAGCUGAAAACAAGAUCGAAAGUGGUCAGAAAGCUGCAGAGGAGCCGGAGGUCAAGGUCAAGCAGAUAGAAUCGGCAGACGAAAAAGCAGAAGUAGUUGUGAACCAAGAUGAGGGAAAUUCGAACUUGGCCGCUUUUUUGAGCGAAAGCGACUCCGAGUCAAAACAAGAAUCGAAGCGUCAAAAAUCACCAGACACCAAAAAGUCAUCUUCGUCUUCAAGUCGUAUAAAAACAGAAGGCUCUGUUGGGCUCAAAUCACCUAAAAUAUCCUCUAAACUACUGGAGAGUGGUGAUGUCAAGGACGACCAGAGUGUGUCAAGUUCAAAAUCAGAGCCAAUGGAAGUAUCUGAAAAAUCGCCAAUUUCUGGCAAAAAACGGCCCGAGGAAAAGGAACAGGAUGAGGAUUCGGACUCGCCACCUUCGAAGAAGCGAGAAAGAUCUCCUCAGUCCUCCUCGAAUCAGUUGGAAAAGAAAUUGAAGCGACACAAAGAGAAAAUGGAGCGACAGAAACAGAUUAAAGAGCAGAUGAAAGAGGAAUCUGAAAAAGCGGCAGUCAGAAAGCCUUUGAUAGAGGAAUCGGACAACAGUUCGAAUGAAGAAGACGAAAGAGACAAGAGUCGUAAAUCAGAACAAGUGCGCAAGAUGAAGAGCGCAAUCAUCAUGGAUGCGCACAAACUAUCUUCCGACAGGGUGCUCGACAAGUUACAUUUUGAACUCAUGAGAUCUUUGACUCAGAAAAGUCUGAAUCAUGAACGAGCUGUGACGUGUUUAACUGAGAUGAAAGAUUAUCUGACCAGUGAAAAUUUGAAAAAGGUUUCGGACGUGUUUACUACUAUCAAGAAAAUUAGAAAGUACAAAAAAGAUGUGGCAGUACAACAGAAAGCGGAAGAGAUUUUCAAUUCAAUGAAAUCGCUAGUUUCGCAUGCGGACUCGGAAGUUAUCAAUAAGUUAGUAGAGGAGAAAAAGAAAAGGCACAGUGAAGCUGCAAAGCCACAUGAAGGAGCAAAAACUGACUCAGAAACGCACGCAGAAGUCAAAUGUGUCCAAACAGAAGCCGCAGAAGUGAAUCCAGAGGCUGCGAAAGAGACUACAAAAGAGUCGCAGCCAAAAGAGUCAGAAGUUCUACUGGUGCAAAGUCAGGCAACCGCUAAAACUCAAUCUGAAAAAGAUGAACAUGAUAGUAAACUGCCUACAGAGGCUAAUAAGAAAGAAGAUGUUUCGGAUUUGAACUCACACCAGGAAACGGAUGAAAAAGAGGUUGAAAAGGAGGAGGAGAAUCCAAAGCCACUGGUGUCUGCGAGCACCAAACCAGCCGUGCAAUAUUUCUUUCUCCGAGGAUCAGAACCAGACCCAGGAAGCGGAGCUGGACUCGCGAACAGCGCUGGAGGAGUUGCGAACGUCGGCGAGGAUUCGAGUCAAUCAUCGACAACAUCUUCAGUUGAAACAAAUGGUCACGCUAAAAGAAAUCCAGAAAAUCCAAUGGAUAAUGGACCGAGGUUGACGCCGACUCUUGACGAAGCCAGCGGAGAUACAAUGGACUGUGAACAGGAUAUCUUGUCGUCGGAGACAAAAGAGAACAAUAACAGAGGGAAGGAAGGAGACCGAUUUUUAAGUGAGAAGCAAAGUAAAGUGGUGGACCCUGCGAUUGACAUUGACUCCGAAUUAGGGAUCUGAAGAAAAGAGUUUUUGAAGGCUCAAUAGUGAAUCCUGAAUUUAGAAUGACUCGUGUUUAUCCAAACUAUAUUUUAUUUAUGAUUGUUUUUAAACUCUCUUCUCAAGUCUAAAUGCUUAUUUUGUUGUCAAGGACGUUGUUUUAUCCUCUGCUACUACCGGACCGGGAGUUGAAAUUAAAAAUGUCGAUAAAUAAAAUCUGUCAACACAAGACAUCAUGGAGCCGAAUGCAAAGUCAUUGAUUUUUACACGACGCUUUUUUGUCGAUAACAAUUAAAUGAUGAAAACUAUUGGAAGGUGAUGGAGGGGAGUUUUCAGCUAGUUUUCACAAGGAGAUUAACUAAAAGUUUUCACCAUUGACGUGUGUUGUUUAGUCAACCAAAUCUGAUUAGCGUUGAAUGUUUUGUUGUUUGUCUUGCAAUUGCAGAACAAUUUAUUUGAUUACAAUUGAGGAAAAGUGACAUUUAUGCCGUUGAUAUCCUUGUUUCUUUAUUCUUACGAGCAACUAGCUUAUUUUUCA